AUGAGUAUUGAUAAUCAAGCACUGACUGCUUUGAAAAAUAGUGGUCAAGAAGUUAAAAAUAAUACUAACCAAACAAGUGAAUUAUCGAAAGAAGAAAAGUUAAGAAAGCGUAGGGAACAGUUAGAAUUAUGGAGGCAAAAAAAGCAACAACAGCAACAAGAACAAGAAGAGGUACAGAAUAAGGCCAAGAAAACAGAAGAUAGUACCAACAAUACUAGUACUGAAGAAGUUAAAAAGUCCCGUCAACAAAGAAUAGAAGAAUGGAAACGAGCAAGAUUACAAAAACAACAGGCAACCAAAGAGAAAACCACAACUAUUACAAUUAAGAAAAAAGUUCAUCUGCAAACAACUAGACCAACUCUUAAACGAAAUUUAGAUUUUGGAGAUGAUGAAGAUGAUAGGAAAAAUUCACAUAGACCUGUCUUUAAAAAACCAAGUUUAGAGUAUGAUGAAAUACUGGAACAUCAAAACGAUAAAGAGUCUGAAGAUGAACUAGAUGUUUUUCUUGCCUCAAUUCGUGAGUCUGAAUUGAAGUCUGAUAAUACAAAAGCCGAAAAAGCUAUUGAAAGUAUACCGGAAGGAGAUGUGGAGAACGAGAAAGAGAAUGAUGACUAUGGCGGCGACGGCGAUGAGGAGGAUGAACUGGACGAAGAAUCAAGAUUACAAGAUUUAAUUUCUACAAAAUUGACAAAACUUCAAAACAAAGGUAAAGAAUUACAGUCAAUUGACCAUUCACAAGAAAAUUACCAAGAGUUUCGUAAAGUUUUCUAUCGUGAAGCUUAUGAAUUACUGGCUCUACUGGAUGAACAGGUAGAACUAAUUAGACAAGAUCUUGAUAAUAUAAAAGUAAAAGGUACAGAUGUACCGCGACCAAUACUAAAAUGGAGUCAUUUAGCAUUACCAACGAAUCUAUCGUCGGUUAUUCAUGAUAAAUUAAAGUUUGAGAAACCAUCUGCAAUUCAAAGUCAAGCAUUGCCCACAAUUUUGUCUGGUCGUGAUGUGAUCGGAAUUGCCAAAACAGGGUCAGGGAAAACAUUAUCUUAUGUAUUACCAAUGCUUAGACAUAUACAGGAUCAACAGUUUCUGAAAGAUAACCAAGGUCCCAUUGGUCUAAUAUUAAGUCCUACUCGUGAGUUGGCGUUACAAAUUGAAAAAGAAAUAUUAAACUUUACCAAAAGGAAUAAUAAUCUAAGGGUAUGUUGUUGUUAUGGGGGUAGCUCCAUUGAAAAUCAAAUUAACGAGUUGAAAAAAGGGGUUGAAAUAAUCGUCGGUACUCCAGGUCGAGUCAUUGAUUUGUUGGCAGCUAAUUCUGGAAGAGUCCUAAACCUCAAGAGAUGUACAUUUGUGGUAUUAGAUGAAGCCGAUAGAAUGUUUGAUUUGGGAUUUGAGCCACAAGUCAAUAAAAUAUUAACGCAAAUCAGACCGGAUAGACAAACGGUAUUAUUUUCGGCGACAUUCCCAAGGAAAAUGGAAACGUUGGCCAAACAGAUUUUAACGGAUCCGGUUGUAAUAAUUGUGGGUGGUAUCAGUGUGGUUGCUCCUGAAAUUAAACAAGAAGUUGUUUUGUUUGAGACUUCAGCUGAAGAGCAGGAUAAAUACAAACAACAGCGUGUGGAGAAGUUGCAUGAUAUAUUAACAAAUUAUCAAAUAGAACAUCCUGACUCUAAGAUUCUAGUAUUUACUGAAAAGCAAAAUGAUGCUGAUGAGUUAGUUGCUAAUUUAUUAUCAAACAAAUAUCCUGCUAUUGCUAUUCAUGGUGGCAAGGAUCAAAUGGAUAGAAAGUAUGCCAUUAAAGAAUUUGCUAGUAUGGACAGUGGAAUUAAUAUUUUGAUUGCCACUUCUAUAGCUGCCAGGGGAUUAGAUGUAAGAAAUCUUGGGUUGGUUAUUAAUUUUGACCCACCAAAUCAUAUGGAAGAUUACGUUCAUCGAGUUGGUCGAACAGGCAGAGCUGGUGCAAAGGGAAACGCUAUAACGUUUGUUAGUUCUAGUCAACCAAAAGAGGUUUUCAAUUUAGUAAAGGCAUUAAAAUUGAGUCAUUCUGAUAUUGAUCCUAAACUAGAAGAAAUAGCUAACAAGUUUGUCACCAAAGUUAAAGCAGGUAAAGAAAAGAUUAGUUCCGGUUUUGGUGGCAAAGGCUUAGAUAAUUUACAAGAAGUUAGAGAUAACAAGUUGAAAUUAGAAAAACAAAGAUUUGGUGAUCAACAACCACAACGCCAACAAGAGGAAACGGAGACGAAAAAACUGAAUGAUGAACCUGUUCCAGAUAUCGCUUUACCUGAAUUCAAUAUCAUUGAAGGUAACACUCCAGAAACUUCGGGUCCAGACAAAUGUAAAUUUUAUUGUCGAAUUGUUAUUAAUGAUUUACCUCAAAAAGUGAGAUGGAAUAUAGUACAACGAGAGAGUUUAUCCAAGAUCAUUGAUGAGUCAAGAACCUCUAUAACAACAAGAGGUCAGUACUAUCCACCAGGUUCAAAACCAUUAUCCAAUGAUCAAGAAAGAAAUGGCAGUUUAGCAAAAUUGUAUUUGUUAGUUGAGGGGUUGACUUUGCAAUCAGUUACCGAGGCUAUUACGUUGAUCAAAAAAAAAAUGUUGGAAAGUUUGGAUAUUUUGAACCAAAGAGAAAACUUACAACCAACAGGAAGAUAUGUUGUAUGA